UAUGUUGAAACCGAAAGUAGCCAGUAGCCCCACCAUUUUAGAAAAGUCUAUUCGACAGCCAGGCAGGCAACUCCGUGCAGCAUAUACACCGUAUUUCCAAACAAUUUGACAUAAUUGUGCUGCAGGUCCUGGAAUAAGUGAAGAGGCAGAGGAGGCAGCAGGUCACACCAGACCAGAGUCUGCAGAGCACCGAUGUAAACAUGAACAAGAACAAUACAUCAACACAGACCAAUGCAGGUAGACCACAGACACACAGACCUCCGUCUCCAGUGCCUAGCUGUGUGUCCAUGAGGAGUGACCGGUCCAAGGAUGGUGAUCUGCCCAACUUCAGCACUGGGACAAUCCCACCUGAUGCAAAACCACAGACACACAGACCUCCGUCUCCAGUGCCCAGCUGUGUGUCCAUGAGGAGUGACCGGUCCAAGGAUUGUGAUCUGCCCAACUUCAGCACUGGGACAGUCCCACCUGAUGCAAAUAGACCACAGACACACAGACCUCCGUCUCCAGUGCCCAGCUGUGUGUCCAUGAGGAGUGACUGGUCCAAGGAUGGUGAUCCGCCCAACUUCAGCACUGGGACAGUCCCACCUGAUGCAAAUGCUCUGACCCAGGAUCAGUCCAGGUGUGGAGUGUGUGACCGGGUACUGAGGGACCCAGUCAUCACCCCUUGUGGACACAGUUUUUGCAGGCAGUGCAUCAGCAGCUACUGGGAGCAGCCUGGACUACCAGGAGACCAAGUCUGUCCCCAGUGUGGGAAGACAUGCAGAACCCAACCUCCUCUACAGCCUCCUCUGGAUGAACACACGGAUAUGAGCACACAGGGUGAACACACAGGCCUGAUCAACAGCAGAAGACACCUGCACAUUGAUCAUACACCAGGCAGAAAGAGGGAACUAGAUGAGGACCUGAGAAGAAUUAUAGAGAAUCAUAAAGCUCGUCUGAAGAGGAGGUUUGAGAACAUAUCUGAAGGCAUCAUCAAACCAGGAGCUGAGAUACUCCUCAAUAAGAUCUACACAGAGGUCUAUAUCACAGAGGGAGAGAGUGAAGGGGUGAACAAGGAACAUGAGGUUUGGCAAGUAGAGUCAGCAUCCAGAUCUCAGACCACUGAAGACACGCCAAUCAACUGCAAUGACAUCUUCAAGCCCUUACCUGGACAGGAGAAGCACAUCAGAACUGUGAUGACCAAAGGUGUUGCUGGCAUUGGAAAAACAGUCUCAGUGCAAAAGUUCAUUCUUGAUUGGACAGAUGGGAUAGCCAAUCAGGAUGUAGAUUUUAUGUUUCCCCUUCCUUUCCGUGAGCUGAAUUUAGUCAGGGGUGAUCAGUACAGUCUUCACAGGCUCCUGCUUGACUUCCAUCCUGAACUGAACGAGCUGAAAGAUGGUGAAGGAUACAAAGACUGUCAGGUUGUGUUCAUCUUUGAUGGUUUGGACGAGAGUCGGUUGACUCUGGAUCUGGAACAGAACAGUAAUUUGUCUGAUGUAAAACAAACAUCAUCAGUGGAUGUUCUGAUGUCGAGCCUCAUUCAAGGCACUUUGCUUCCCUCUGCACUAAUCUGGAUAACCUCACGACCAGCAGCAGCCAGUCAGAUUCCUGCUCAAUACGUUGACCAGGUAACAGAAGUACGAGGAUUCAAUGACCCACAGAAGGAAGAGUACUUCAGGAAGAGAAUCGGUAAUGAGAGUCAGGCCAACAGAAUCAUCACACACAUUAAGAUAUCCAGGACUCUCCAUAUCUUGUGCCACAUUCCAGUCUUUUGUUGGAUUACAGCCACUGUACUUCAACAGAUGCUAGAACAGGACAGCACCCAGGAAAUACCCACAACUUUGACUGAGAUGUUCAUACACUUCUUGCUCAUCCAGACCACCAGGAGGGAUCAGAAGUACCAAGGAAGAAAUGACACAGAUAGAGAGAGACUCCUGGAAUCACAUAAGGGUGUCAUACUGAAACUGGCAGAACUGGCUUUAAAGAAUCUGCUUCAAGGGAAUCUCAUGUUCUAUGAGGAAGACCUGAGAGAGUGUAGCAUUGAUGUCAGUCAAGCCUCAGUGUACUCUGGCAUGUGCACUGAGAUCUUCAAGGAAGAAUCUGUAUUUCAGCAGAAGAAGGUCUACUGCUUUGUUCAUCUGAGCAUCCAGGAGUUUUUGGCAGCACUUCAUGUCUUUCUUUCUUUUAAAUGUAUGAACGAGAAACUGAGUGCACCUGAACUUUUUGUCAAGAAAGACCAGUUACCUUUAGAAGAGUUGCUGGAGAAAGCAGCAGACAAAGCAUUGCAGAGUAAAAAUGGACACCUAGAUCUUUUUCUUCGUUUCCUUAUGGGCAUUUCAUUAGAGAGGAAUCAUAGACUGCUGCAAGGACUACUCACACAUCCACUCAACAGCUCAGAGAGCAUCAGGAAAACAUGCAAGUACAUCAAGGAGCUCAACAGAGAAGAUAUAUCCCCCGAGAGAUGCAUCAAUCUUUUCUUCUGCCUACUUGAAAUGAAAGAUAAUUCGAUGCACCAAGAAAUUAAAGAAUAUCUGGAAUCACCAAAGGACUAUAAAGGCCAGUUAUCUCCUGCUCACUGUUCAGCACUGGCCCCCAUGCUCCUGAUGUCUGAGGAGGUGCUGGAUGAGUUGGACCUGAAGAAAUACAACACAUCUGAUGAGGGACGCAGAAGAUUGAUCCCAGCUAUGAAGUGCUGUAGAAAGGCACUAUUUGCUGAAUGUAAACUCUCAGAUAAAUCCUGUGGAAAUGUUGCCUCAGCUCUACAAUCCCCAAACUCUGUGAUAGAGCUGGACCUGAGUAAAAAUGACCUGGGAGAUUCUGGUGUUCAGCUUCUCUCUAAGGGACUGUCUAGUCCCUACUGCAAACUGCAGACAUUACGACUUGCUGAAUGCAAACUCUCAGAGAAGUCCUGUGAAAUUGUGGCUACUGUUCUACAGUCACCAAACUCCCUGAUAGAUCUGGACCUGAGUCACAAUGACCUGGGAGAUUCUGGAGUUCAGCUUCUCUCUAAGGGACUGUCUAGUCCCCACUGCAAACUGCAGACAUUAAGGCUCUCCUGUUGUCAAAUAUUAGGUGACGGUUAUGUUUGUCUGGCUCUCACUGUGAUGUUAAACCCCUCCUGUGUGAAAGAGCUGGAUGUGAGCAAAAAUUAUCCUGGAGAAUCAGCACAGAAGCUGUUAUCUGCUACACUGGAGGAUCCUCACCAUAAAGUUGAAGCAUUUCGGCUUGCUGACUGUAAACUCACAGAUACAUCCUGUGAAAUUGUGGCUUCAUUUCUGCAAUCACCAAACUUCUUGCAACAGCUGGACCUGAGUGACAAUGACCUGGGGGAUUCUGGAGCUCAGCUUCUCUCUAAGGGACUGUCCAGUUCCUACUGCAAAAUACACACAUUAAGGCUCUCUGAUUGUCUCAUCUCAGAGAAGGGUUGUGGUUUUCUGGCUGCAGCUCUGACGUCAAACUCCUGUCUACAACAGCUCGAUAUGAGAUACAAUCAUCCUGGAGAAUCAGGACUGAAGCUGUUAUCUGCUAGACUGGAGGAUCCUGACUGUAAACUGGCGAUACUUAAAACUGACCAUUCUUCUGUAAGCAGAGCUCGACCACGUUUGCUGAGAUAUGCCUGUGAUCUCACACUGGACCCAAACACAGCAGACAGACGUCUCUCUCUCUCUGAGGGGAACAGAAAGGUGACACAUGUGGAGAAGCAGCAGCCGUAUCCUGAACACCCAGAGAGAUUUGACUGCACAUGGCAGGUGUUGUGUAGAGAGGGUCUGACUGGACGCUGCUACUGGGAGGCUGAGUUGAGUGAUGAUGUUGGAGCUGAGAUAUCUGUGGCCUAUAAAAGCACCGAGAGGAAAGGGGUCAGUGAUGACGUCAUAAUGGGACGGAAUGCCAAGUCCUGGAGUCUGAACUGCUCUUCUGAUUACAGUUACUUUGUCUGCCACAAUAAUAAACACACUGCCAUACCUGCCCCCUCCUCCCGCUCCAGAACAGUAGGAGUUUACCUGGACUGGCCGGCCGGCACUCUGUCCUUCUACAGCGUCUCCACUAACACACUCACCCACCUGCACACGGUCCACUCCACAUUCACUGAGCCCCUCUAUCCAGGGUUUUGGGUUUGGGGUGAGGUGUCCCUGCGCAAGAUCACAUGAGCUCGUCCUCCAACAGCACGUCCACAUGUCACCCUUUCUCUCUACUCCCCCUCCCUUCUCUUCUUCUCUUCAUCCCUCUCUCUCUCUUAUCCCUUACUCUCUACCUCUCUUUCUGACCCUUCAUUUUCUCUGUCUCCUCCCUUUUCCCUCUUCCACUCAUUCUCUCUCCCUCACCCCCCUCCUCCCUUUCUUUUCUUAUCUUUCUCUUUUUCAUCCAUCACCUGUUUGGGGCUGAUCCAUUUUCAAAUUUGUGUGUGUGUGUGUGUGUAAGAGAGAAACCGUUGUCUAUUUUGCACACUUCAUCGUAAUCCCUCUUUCUACACUUUUCUCUUCCUCUCUUCCCCCUCUUCUCUUCCUUCUCUCUUUCUGUAUAAAUGAGGCCAUUUCACCAACUGCAAAAUUAAAACAUAAAUUCAUCAACACAAGACACUCCGUAACAUUCCGCAGUAGCCACGUAACCGUAGCAACAUCCAACUUAAAUUGCAACAUUCCGCAGUAACCAUGUAACCGUAGCAACAUUCAUUCUCUGUGGCCCUGGCAGUUGAGCAUGCUGCAGGAACACCCGAGUCACACACUCCUGUUCAUACACAUGUGUAAUGCUAUUGAGAUUAUAUUAUAGUGUUUAUUUAUUUUCAUUAGGCUAUUGAUUGAAUUGACAUUGGUGUGUUAUUAUUGCCAUUCUCCUUAAUGUAGUCUUACCAACUUUUUUAAUUGUUUUCUGUUACAAAAUAAAUUACAAAAUUAAUCAAUUACAAAACUACCAUAACCAUAUUGAUAUUUAUUCACUGUAUAGGCUACUGUUUGGGUGAUACUAUAGAAAUGCUGUAUAGGCUACUGUUUGGGUGAUACUAUAGAAAUGCUGAUGUUGAUUUCUUCAUAUUUUGCGCUUUUCCUAAAAUGAAUGAGUGGAUCAUAAGAAUGUUUCAGCAACAACAUGAUGAAUUGAAUAAUAUAUUAAUAAAUAAUUGAAAAUUAUUUGCUGGUCUGGGGGUGUCAGUGUUUCUAUAUGUGUUCACACAGAACUAUAAAACAUGCUUGUUUUUCUGACUUACAAUAUGUAAAUAAAAUGUGUUUCUGACUUUAAAAUGUCUAAAUAAAAAAUCUGAAAGGA